CGCUUCAGUUGUAAACUCAUGGCAACUGCCGUGCCGCUCGCAUUGCUAUCGCUUGAAAAGGGGAAAUCGACCAAACCAAUACUAAACCAGGCAACGCCGACUGCUGCUGGCAACUACGGUCGCGUCUUCUCUCUACCUACCAAACAACGCAUAGAGUUCGGUUGUCGGGCGAGCAUCAAUUUAGUUGACUCACAAACAACAAGCCAAGUACAGUUGCCGGCCGGCGGUGUUUGCCCUCCGAUCGUUCGAUGGAAAUUGAGUCGAAUUAAAGUUUCGUGAUUAGUUUAACGGUGAAAAGAUGUCCGUGGUGGAACAGCAGGAGAACGUUCGAUUUGCUCGAACGGUUAGAAGAUAUCCUUGCCUGUACGAUUAUACCAAUACCGGUUAUUCGAGCAGGACAGAAACGGAGAUUGCAUGGAGAGAAAUAUCAGCUGAUUUCAACGCACCAGUUAAAGACUGUAAACUUAGAUGGAAGAAUAUUCGCACCGUGUUCCGAAGACACUUGUUCGGGAGUGUAGGUCCCGCCCCCAAAAAAGAAUAUUAUCUGAGCGAAGAGUUGCAGUUUCUGUUGCCAUUAUUGAGGCUACCAAAGAAGCAUCAAGAUGGUACAAUCGAACUGGAAGAUGACGAGCAGGAUAUAGCCGUAAUGAUGGAGAUGGAACCGACUGAUACGGAAUCCGAUGAUCCAUCAGCGUCUCGAACGCCAUCGGAGCCACAGGUUCUGAUUGAAAGCUAUCAAGAACCACAGACUGAUCCACAAGAGCAACAGAUGCGUACCGAUUUUAUCCGGAGACGUAAACCACGGGAAACUGCCACUGAAGUCGUAAAAUCCAACUAUAAUCACAAUAGAGCUUCGACAGCGGAAGCUGAAUAUGGGGGUUACGUGUACGAUGAUUUGGCCAUGAAAUCAGAUGAGUUGUUUCUGCUCAGUUUGAAAGACGACAUGCGGCGGAUGAAUCCGAUUCAAAAACGCAAGUUUAAACGAAGAAUUUUCGACAUUAUUGACGAGACAAUGGAAAGUGAUAACCAACAGUCUGUUUAUCAGGAACCUGAAGAAUCUACCGAACAGCUCUCGCUACAUGAAGAGGUGAAGAUCGAAAAUGAAACCUAUGAAUAGACUGAAUCUUUUACAGAGGAAAAUUUAUCUAUUAACGUAAAAUAAAGAAUACACUCGUGUGUGUGUAAUCUAUAUAUGUAUUGACAACCACCUUUUUCACAAAUAGAUAGGUAUAACUCGGUGCUGUUAUGAAAUGUAUCCCGGCAUAGGAACAAUAAGGGAUGAUCCAUUAAAUACGAUCCCCCUCCCUCACCACUAUAUCCUACUUUUUGUGUGAAACAUCAGAUUUUUUUGUAUAGAUUGUCACGAUUUGGGCAUACCACCCCCCUCCCCUAAGCGUUACGUAAUUUAAUAUAAAUAAAUUUAAUAAAAAUUUAAAAUGGAUUUGGAUUGAA